AUGGCUACUAGUUCUAGUGACGAUGGCUUCGAGAUCAUUGAUGGCCGCCAGAUUCCCCUCCGUCCUAUCAGUGCUGGGACGACGAUAGUAGAAGAGAACAUGACACUAGAUCCCAUACUGAGUGUACACUCGAUUCCUAACAAGAAUUCCAUGGUCGUCUCCAUCCAGCCUCCUCUCAAGCCCAAGGAUGAUGUGCCACAUGUUCCUUGUGACAUCGUCCUUGUAAUCGACAUCUCCGCGAGUAUGAACUCGGCUGCCCCUAUACCAACUGGUGAGAGCGGCGGCGAAGACACCGGGCUGAGCAUUUUGGACCUGACAAAACAUGCGGCCAAGACAAUCAUCCAAACACUCAAUGAAAAUGAUAGACUUGCAGUAGUGACGUUUUGCACUGAAAUCAGGGUGGCCUUUGAGCUUGAAUUUAUGAGUGAAGAGAACAAAUCGAAAGUCUUGGCUGCUAUUGACUGUCUACACGGCAUAAGCUCUACCAACCUAUGGCAUGGGAUAAAAGAAGGUCUCAAAGUCCUUGCCACAAACUCUACGCAGGGGAACGUACAGGCACUGCUUGUUUUGACGGAUGGGGCUCCCAACCACAUGUGUCCCGCUCAAGGAUAUGUACCGAAACUACGUCAAACCCUGUUAGACCAUCGUGAUUUAACAGGAAGCCUACCGCUAAUUCAUACUUUUGGCUUCGGGUACUAUCUCCGCUCACCGCUUCUACAGUCCAUUGCUGAAAUUGGUGGCGGCACCUUUGCCUUUAUCCCGGACGCUGGUAUGAUUGGAACUGUAUUUGUUCACGCCGUUGCAAACCUGUAUUCGACAUUCACGCCCCAGGCAAAUCUCCUUCUCCACGGAGAUUCUUUAACAACCUUUACUGUGGAUCUAGGAAGCAAGCCUGGGUUGGAAUUGGAGAAUCCUACUGGAAAAGGAGUGUCACUAAGAUUGGGAAGCCUUCAAUAUGGUCAGUCGCGAGAUAUAAUCAUCCACUACGACAAAUCAUCGAAGAACCGUACAGUUAAUAUACAAGGUAAACUUAACUAUACUGUCGGUGGAGAUAUAAAGACAGCGGAGGUGCAUAAACUCGUUCAUAUUGACGAAGUGUCCUUACCUCGUUCCGUAUAUGAUUACCAUCUCAUGCGUUCUACGAUUUGCACUCUUUUAAGGAAGUUCCAUCCACUCGAGGAUACCGCGGAGAACUACCAGUUCCCUACUGCCAAUCUUGGGGACAUUAGAUCCAAGAUAGAAAAACUGGCUGCCGAAAUUGAAGCGCUCGGCCACUCUGAUGAAUAUAAUCAGAGCCUCCUCAAGGACAUUGCUGGCGAACCACCACAUGGCCAGAUUAGUCUUGCAGUGUCAUCGAACGAUUAUUAUGGUCGUUGGGGCCAACACUAUCUACUUUCAAUCCUCAAUGCACAUGUCAAUCAAGUAUGCAAUAGCUUCAAAGACCCAGGCCCAUUGAUGUAUGGUAAAAACUCCCCCUUAUUUUGCAAUUGCCGGAAAGAGCUAGACGGAGUAUUUGACAAUCUACCUCCCCCUAAACCAUCCCGCACUGCUGGGCCGUCAUCAUCUGGAGGGCCUCCCCGUAAAGUGCAUAUGGCGCGUUAUAACAGAUCAAGCGGGCCUUGCUUUACUGGGAACUGCCGUGUUCUAGUAAGUGGCAACGAUGCGUCCAGCGACGCUACUAUUGCUAUUGAAAAUCUUCGUGCUGGCAUGUCAGUAUGGACUCCACAUGGGCCCCGAGAGGUCAGAGCUGUGCUGCAGACAAGCGUGAAUGACAUCGACAUCUGCAAAAUUGGGUCACUUGAAAUUACGCCCUGGCAUCCAAUACGGUUCCAGGGAAGAUGGAGUUUCCCAUUCAACGUGGCCAACGGAGAUGUUCAUACUUUUUCUGGAAAUAUUUAUUCGGUUUUACUAGAACCUGAUUCCAACCCUAAUGCACAUGCCAUCAUGGUGGAAGACUGCAUUUGUGUCACGUUGGGACAUGGAAUUCAGACAGGAGAUGAUAUACGUGCGCAUGAGCUCUUUGGCAACUACCAUCUUAUUUCGAAGAAGUUGGAAUUACUCCCAAAACUUUCCAAUGGACUGUUGCAUUGUAUAGGAGUACAGCGCUCUCCAGAGUCGGGCCGUGUAUGUGGCUUCAUUGGAUAUGAUCGCCUUUUUGAAGAGUUUGCUGUACCCUGCCAGGCAAAGCACGGGCAUGGUGAUGAGAUCUAUACUAAGCCUAUAGCUAUCAUUUGCCGGGCAACAUAG